AUGAACACUCUCCCUUCCUUCGUAGAGCUCAUGGCGUCCUUAGGUCUCGACAACUGUCCCACCACCCCAGCUGGAGGGUCAGCGUGCCAUCAUUCUCGUUCUUCUUCUCGCUCUUCUACCAGUUCUCUGCAUUCCGAAGCAUCCAGUUCUGUAGCAACACCACCGCCUUCGACUAUUUAUUUCAAUGCGUCUCCAGCUAUUUUGGUUUCCAGCCAUGACGGGCCUUCUGCUUAUCGCGAGCGGGAACGGGAGAGGCGUCGAUCGCCCAGCUAUGCUGUGCGGUAUGCGCCAUACGGUCCAUCCAUCUCCCAUACGAGGAAGGGAAGUGCGUCCAAUAUAACGGAUGACGAACUAUCUCAGGAACGACAUAUCCGACCUUUCUCCCCUGCUUAUCUUUCCUCCCCGUCGCAUGUAGUUGGCCGCAGGGCUUCCUCAUGGACCCUCAGAAGUACAUCCAAGCGUCCAGAUAAGUUAGCUCUAUCCGAUACGGACCUUACUGCGAACACCCCCAUCUCCACGCUCGUGCGCCGGAAGACACCGCAGGCAUCCCCUACGUCCCCCACUUUCGCGCAUCGCACCAAGAGACGCUCUUGUAGCCCGGCUUUUCCGAUGUCAAUCCCAUCAUUGCCUCAUGUCUUUCCUCCCUCACCCACAGCCAAUGGUUUCGACUCCGAUCCUGAGGAUGACGACAUGGAAGUGACCCCGAAAACGUCGUCAUAUAACGCGAGGCGUCCUAGUCACAAUUCUCGACCAAUGUAUGACGAUUGCGGCGUCCGUAUCUCUGCCCUCUCCCGUCCAGGUGGACUGGAAAGUCAGCAGAAUUGCAUGGCGCCGGUAUCGUGA